AUGUUUAGCUGCGAUUUCUGUACCAAAUCGUUCACCAGGAGGAAUAACCUGAAACGUCAUGGGGAUUGCCGAACAUCUGCCAGGAUCUGCAACCAAUGUGGUGGGAUUUUCAAAUCGGAGGGGGCUCUCUAACGCCACCUUCAAGAAAAACACCCAGCCCCAAACGAAAGGCUGGAGAUCCCGCCACUCCCAUGACGAAGCAAGCUAGACUUGACCAAGUUGCCGGACCAUCAACAUCAGCCACAGGCCGGUGGUGCGAGGAUUGCGACUUGGAGACUCCGAUAAAUCAAUGGGCUGGUCAUCUUCGGAGUCUCCAGCACCGAGCCAACACCUGUGUGGAGCAGGAGGAAGACGUUAGUCUUGUCAAAACAUCUUUCAAGAACCGAAUUGCUACAUACCGGCUUUCUUCAAAGCAGGACUCUACCAGCGUAAAGCACUUUUUGGGAAAUUUCAAAGUGAAAUUCGUCAAGCUGGUAGGGGAUAUGGUCAAUAAAUUUGGCCAUAUCAAAGUCGGUGUGGAGCUUUUCGGACGCUUCCUCCUGCAGGCGAAAGAGCAAGAAGAGGUCAAGUCGUUCAACGCCAAAUUCCGACUGGUGAGCGAUGGUGCAGAUCUGGAGGAGCUGUUCCAGCAGUUUUCUGUCAUCCUGGACAAGAAGUCCACAGAAUUUCAGGAGAAAGAAAGUGGCUGGACGCUCCAACAACUCCUCCAUCUAGAUAUAAGUAUUAAUAAGGUGAACCCUCUAAAAGCCUCUUCAUAUCUGCCGCUUCCAAAACUGAUCGAUGCGAAGAAAGCUGUCCUAAACAUACAAAAUAGCGAUCAGAAAUGUUUCAUGUGGUCGGUCUUGGCUCACCUACAUCCUACCUACUACUACCUACAUUGGACUCAAAAUGCAAAUAGAGUCGCGAACUAUAUGCCUUUUGAGAACGAGUUGGACUUUACAGGUAUGGAAUUUCCGAUUAAACUUAAAGACAUUAGCAAGUUUGAGCAGCUCAAUAAUAUUUCCAUCAAUGUUUAUAGAUUAGAUAGCGCCUAUGAAAAUGGUAGAAAUAUUAUUGAAGUUGUUGGUCCCUUAUACUUUACUCAAUCUCGGAAAGCGAAUCAUGUAAAUUUGUUAUUAAUCAGUAAUGAUUCUGGUGAUAGUCAUUACUGCUUAAUAAGAAACAUGUCUCGCUUGAUCUCAAGUCAAUUAUCUAAGCAUCAUAACGUUAAACAUCUUUGUGAUGGCUUUUUGGUGUAUUUUUCAACUGAGCAAAAAUAGAAAGCUCAUCAAGAAUACGAUUGUGCCCAUGUU